AGUCUUUGGGUCUCCAUGAUGGAAGCAGAAGCAGAAGCUCCAGAGCUGGACGUCGACGGCCUCCAGCAGAACCAGACCGCAGGAGAACCCGAGGUUCCCAAACGCAGCGAUGUCAAAGUCUACAAGGAGUUCUGCGACUUCUACGUGCGCUACAACAUGACGAACGCGCUGGCGAACGCAGUGUGUGAGCGCUGUAAGAGCAGCUUCAGCCCCACAGAGAAGAUGGUGAACAGUAAUGGAGAGCUGUACCACGAGCAGUGCUUCACCUGCGCACAGUGCUUCCAGCAGCUCAUCCAGGGGCUGUUCUACGAGUUUGAGGGCAGGAAAUACUGUGAGCACGACUUCCAGAUGCUGUUCGCCCCCUGCUGCCAUCAGUGUGGUGAGUUUGUGGUGGGUCGGGUCAUCAAGGCUAUGAACAGCAGCUGGCACCCGGACUGCUUCUGCUGCGAGGUGUGUGAGGCGGUGCUGGCUGAUGUGGGCUUCGUGAAGAGCGGCGGCCGACCCCUGUGCCGCUCCUGCCACAGCCGUCAGAAGGCUCUCUCUCUGGGCAAACACGUCUGCCAGAAGUGCCUGUGUGUGGUGGAGGAGCCGCUGAUGUACCGGAGCGACCCGUACCACCCCGACCACUUCAACUGCAGCCACUGCGGGAAGGAGCUGACAGCAGAUGCGCGUGAGCUGAAGGGGGAGCUCUACUGUCUGCCCUGUCAUGAUAAGCUGGGCGUCCCCAUCUGUGGAGCCUGCAGGAGACCAGUGGAGGGACGAGUGGUCAACGCCAUGGGGAAACAGUGGCACGUGGAGCACUUUGUGUGUGUAAAGUGUGAGAAGCCGUUCCUCGGCCAUCGGCAUUACGAGCGUAAGGGACUGGCGUACUGCGAGACUCACUAUAACCAGCUCUUCGGGGACGUCUGCUUUCAGUGUAACCGUGUGAUCGAGGGUGACGUGGUGUCCGCGCUCAACAAGGCCUGGUGUGUCCGCUGCUUCAGCUGCUCCACCUGCACCUCCAGGCUCACACUCAAGGAUAAGUUUGUGGAGAUCGACCUGAAACCCGUCUGUAAACACUGCUAUGAGCGAAUGCCGGACGAGCUGAAGAGACGCCUGAGCCGAGAGCAAGAGUCCAGAGACAAGAGGAAGAGGAGACCCAUGUGCCUGUGAGGACAAGGAAACGCCGGCUGAAUAAUCCAGCAGUUGACUGUGCUGAUGACUGAAGCCCAGCGAUGAACAUCUACUGUGUGUGUGUGUGUGUGUUACUGUAAUCUUCUUGAUCCAGCACAGAAUAAAUCAGUGUAAAGCA